CCAUAGCCAGCUCCUCACUCCUCCGCCAUAUGGUUCGACAAAAAGGCUAAAUUGGUUCGACCGUGCGACCGUCUAGACGAACCUGUCAGGCACUCUCGCCGGAGAAGCACCUGUGAUCCCUCCGGCCGGCUUGUUCGCUACCUCCGAUCAAUAUACAUGUAGAAUUUACUCACAUACAUUGGCUAUGAUGUGUUUGUGUCCGCAAUGUGACCUUUCAGGAUUAUCAAUGUUGAAACAAGAGGAAUAUCUCUGGAUAUCACGCAAACUUUUGGAUAUUGAACUCUGUAACUGCAGCAGUAGACCGUAGUUUUCACUAUUUAGAUGGAAGAAGUGUCUGUUAACGGUGUUAACAGCGAGCAGGCAAUUGAGGGACAAGGCUGUGAGACUUUUCUAGAAAUUGAUGAUGAAAGAGCUGAUUUGGACAUUCAAAAUGGUAUUCCUGAUGGAAGAAAGGAAUUUGUUGCACCUGCUGUAGGGAUGGAGUUUGAGUCAUAUGAGGAUGCUUAUAACUACUACAGUUGCUAUGCAAAGGAGAUGGGCUUCCGUGUUCGAGUGAAAAACUCAUGGUUUAAAAGAAAUAGCAAGGAGAAGUAUGGUGCUGUGCUUUGUUGCAGCAGCCAGGGUUUUAAAAGAAUUAAAGAAGUAAACCGCCUGAGGAAGGAAACCCGAACUGGUUGUCCUGCAAUGCUAAGAAUGAGAAUAGUAGAUUCUAAAAGGUGGAGGGUUGUUGAAGUUACACUUGAACACAACCAUUUGUUAGGUUCAAAGAUCUGCAAGGCUGUUAAGAAGAUGGGCACUGUAUCCAAGAGGAAGUUGCAGUCAAGCUCUGAUUCAGAAGUACGGACAGUGAAGUUGUAUCGAGCACUUGUAAUUGAUGCAGGUGUUAAUGGAAAUUCAAAUAUUACCGUGAGAGAGUCCAGAAGUUCUUCUGAUCAUUCUGAUCAGCUGAGUUUGAAAAAGGGUGACGCACAAGCCAUCUACAAUUACCUUUGUCGAAUGCAGUUGACUAAUCCAAAUUUCUUUUACUUGAUGGAUCUCAAUGAUAAUGGCUGUAUCAGGAAUUUUUUCUGGGUGGAUGCUCGGUCAAGGGCUGCUAGUGGCUACUUUUGUGACGUGAUUUUUCUUGACAAUACAUUUUUGUCAAACAAAUAUGAGAUUCCCCUUGUUGCUUUUGUUGGUACAAAUCACCAUGGUCAACCUGUGUUGCUGGGUUGUGGCCUGCUUUCAGGUGAGACGACUGGCUGUUAUACCUGGCUGUUCAAAGCGUGGCUCACUUGCACAUCUGGACAUCAUCCACACACCAUAAUUUCUGAUAGAUGUAAGAUUCUGCAGAGUGCUAUUGCUGAGGUCUUUCCAAAAUCUCUACAUCGAUUCAGUUUGUCACACAUCAUGAGAAAAGUCCCUGAAAAGUUGGGAGGACUCCGCAAUUAUGAUGCCAUCAGAAAGGCACUGUGUAAAGCAGUUUAUGAGGCCUUGAAACCAUUUGACUUCGAAGCAGCAUGGGGAUUUAUGAUCCAGCAUUUUGGAAUUGCUGAUCAUGAGUGGCUUCGGGCAUUAUAUGAAGAUAGAUCUCAGUGGGCUCCAGUUUACUUAAAAGACACUACUUUUGCAGGUAUGGCUACUGCAAGACCUGGUGAGACCUUGAAUGCAUUUUUUGAUAAAUAUGUACACAAGCAGACACCUUUGAAGGAAUUCCUUGACAAAUAUGAAUUAGCUUUACAGAAAAAGCACAAGGAAGAAGUACUUGCAGAUAUUGACUCAAGAAAUUCAAAUCCAGAAUUAAAAACGAGAUGUUCAUUUGAGUUGCAGCUGUCCACAGUGUAUACUAGAGAAGUUUUUAAGAGGUUCCAAUUGGAGGUGGAGGAGAUGUAUUCGUGUUUUAGCACAACACAGUUACACGUUGAGGGGCCAGUAGUUAUAUUCUUGGUGAAGGAGCGUGUUAUGGGGGAGGCAAAUAGAAGAGAGAUCAGAGACUUUGAAGUUCUGUAUAAUAGAGCAGCAGCUGAGGUUCGCUGCAUCUGUAGCUGCUUCAACUUCUAUGGAUAUUUAUGCCGGCAUGCUUUAUGCGUUCUGAACUUCAAUGGGGUGGAGGAAAUCCCAUUGAAAUACAUUUUACCGCGUUGGAAGAAGGACUACAAGCGUCUGCACAUUCCAGAACAGGGGUCCGGCAAUGCUGUUGUUACUGAAGGGAUUCAGUGGUUCAGUCAGUUGUACAGAAGCGCACUGCAAGUUGUAGAGGAAGGAGUGAUCUCCUUGGAACAUUAUAAAGUUGCAUUACAAGCUUUUGAAGAAUCAUUACACAGAGUUCAUAACGUUGAACAUAAGAUUGAAUGAUA